UCGCACAUGCGCAAUUCGAGAAGUCACAUUUUCCAGCAUGGAUGUCGAAAGUGCACCCGAUUCGCCAGACAUUUCUUCUUUUAGUGGAGAUUCUUCAAUACAGUGGAAAUCGAUUUCCCUCACCCAUGUAGAAUACCCAAAAGGUGACUUUAUUGGAUUCUUCCUUGCCUGGGCCAGUCUACUGCCAUUUUGUAUUAUAGUCGGGUUUAUCACCUUAAUUAUAUUUAGGAGAGAUCUUCACACAGUGUCGUAUUUUGCUGGUUUACUGCUGAAUGAAGCUAUUAAUUGGGUAUUGAAGCACCUAAUACAAGCUCCACGCCCUGUCAGAAAUCGACAGCUUUACACAGAGUAUGGAAUGCCAUCAAGCCAUGCUCAGUUUUCCUGGUUUUUCUCUACAUACAUGAUUCUAUUUUUAUUUCUUAGAAUUUAUAAAAAUUAUAACUUGAUAGAUGAUAUAUGGAAAUAUUGUGUCAGCGCAGUAUGUGUCAUAGGAUCGUGUAUAGUUUUAUAUAGCAGGGUAUAUUUAGGUUACCACACAUUCGGGCAGGUAUCCUGCGGAGCCCUGCUGGGUAUAUUUUUGGGAGCAGCGUGGUUUUGUAUUGUCUAUGUUGUAUUAACACCAUUCUUCCCAAUCUUGGCUUCAAGCCCUAUAGGUGAAUUUCUAAUGCUAAGAGACUCAACAUUGAUACCACAUGUCAUGUGGUUCGAGUAUACUUCCUCCAGAACAGAGGCAAGGGGCAGACAGAGAAAAUCGCGGAAGUCCCAAUGACUGGGCCGUCAUUAGACCAGCUAUUGCCAUGUAUAGAGUGAAGACCAGGAACACAUCCCAACAGCCAUCCUGAUGUCAACAACACUCUAGAUACUGUGUUAAGACUUACACAGACUAAUAAACUGUUCAGGGUUUGCACAAGGUGUAUUAUCAGUCUCACAUCACAUCAUCUUAUGAUCCUCGACCAUCAAAACUACCUACCCCAUGACUUAGAGUCUAAUGCAUGUGCUCAUUGUGGUAAGUUUGUGUCUGUGAAAGGUCAAGGUCACACUUCCAAACCGCACUGAGUUAAAUACAAAGGUGAAGGUCAUCGUUAAAAUUUAUGACUAGGAUUGUAUCCAAGAAAAUGUAUGACUAGGAUUGUAUCCAAAAUGUAACCAAAGAAAUAUGCAUAUAUUAUGUGAAGUUUAUUUGAAAGACAUGACCUAGUUUAUAAUUUAAAAAAAAUGGUAAGGGUUACAGUUACCUUAAGGUUUGAGGGUAAGGACAGUGUUAGUUUAAAAUAAAAUUGUAUAUAAAUGUUACAUUAUUGAAGUAUUGUUAAUCUGCAAUGAGAUUUAAUUAAAUAUAAAUUAUUUGGCUUUAUUGUUUAUUGUGCUAAAUGUUUAUUUCAUUAAUUAGUUAUUAUUUCCUAAUUGUGUCUUAAUUAGUUGGAGGUAUAUGUAUUGUUAAUUCAGUUAAGUGGGUUUUUGCUGACUAUUGUUGGUUGGUAUAUUUUUUACUAUUUGUUUUAAGAUUAUAGAUAUAAUUAUUUUUUUAGAGAAAUAUUAUUUAAGUCAACAAGAAAGGGCAAUUGUACUUUACACAAAUAAUAUUGCCGAAGACCAUGUUGUUUUGUCUUGUAUAACUUUGUAAUCAUUCUUAGCUAUACAACAGUAAAUUUAUAGUUUUGUAUUGUGCUGAACAUGUGUUUCACUAAUUCAUAUGGUAUGUCCUCAUCAAAUGGACAGAGUGUCCAAAAUCAGCCUAGGUUAAAACUUAAGAAUAAAAGGAAUUCUCAAUGUAGCAUAUUAAAUUCCCCUUCAUAGUGAAUUAAUGUUUUGGAAAAUAUAUAUGGAAAAAAAUAAGUUCUGAAAAUACUUUGCUUCUAACAAUUGCAUAUUUUAAGCCCCUUUCUGCUUUUGUAUAUUAGAAAAUCUCUAGCCCAUGUAAAUUUCUAUCAAAUUUAUCCCAUGAGGGUGCUAAAAUAGAUAAAACUAUGCCCAAAAUAAAUACUUCAGCCUUAAUUGUCCCUUUAAAAUUAAUGAUAUUGUUAAAAUUAUCCAUAUAUUUAUUUCAAGUCAUUUUCUACAAAAAUAUAUUUAAAGCAUUAUUGCAGUGAUACACAGUAGUUUGAAAUUUGUAUCACAUGACUGCUUGGGUGCAGCUAGACAAAGUUGUGUAUUUCUCAUUAUUACAUAUUACUAUUCAAUAUUAGACAAAAUCCAUGAUAGACCAAAACCCCAGAGAGUCAUGUGACAAAUGACUCCCACAUACACAUAUUUGCAAAUAUGAUUAAUUACAAAACAAUUUAAUCCCAGGGUUUGAACUAUGCUUAUACAGGCCAUAUGCGUUCGUAUGUCAGUGAUGUCACUAAACUUGAAGUGUCAAUACCUUGUCAAGGGAGCUAACUCUUUUGCUUUAGUCUUUGAAUCAUGAUCGAGAAUACCAAAAAUUUGAACAGCACAACUCUGAAAUGAAGUUUGUCAUUGCAACUUUAACUUGAAACAUUUUAUUGUUUUCAAAAUUUAUUUUCGAAGUUAUGCUAAAGUUGAAGACUGAAAUAAAUGACACAUUUUGAAUUAUCCUAAGCACUUGUUGAUGUUUUCAGUCUAAAUCAAAAGUCACUGCAGUAUAUCCAGUAAGAGAAACCACAAUUACAGUGUUAUAUCUAAUCCAUAAAAAUUAUUGGCUUUUUGAUUAUUUUUUUAAAUACACCAAAUUUCAUAGUAAACAAUUUUGGAAUAUUACAUUAAUACACAUUCAUAACAGUACAAUUUAUAUACCUAAGAAAUUACCAUCAAGCUAAGUUGCAGCUUGACUUCUAGAAAUUACAAUCUGAAUAUGAUUUACUUGUGGACCAUAAAGUUUCAUGAAUGCUUUAAAAGAAUACCUACCUUCUACAACAUAUAAAAAAAAUGUCAACUUGUAAAAUUUGUCAAGUUAAAAAAUGUAACAUGUUUGAGCCAUAUAUUCAAUAAAUGUUAUUUGUUGGUAUUUUUAGAGAGCUAUGACAAUACAUAUUUGCAAAGGUAGGACAGACUUUCAGGAUGUUUAGGCAUGCAUGUUACAAUAAAUCAGAUAAACUGUUGGUGUGAGUGACAAGUGGUGAGAGUCUUGUACAUUAGAAGGAAGGGAAAUAAGCAUUCCCCUCCUUAGAUGUUUGAUGGAAAAAAUUAACAGACCUUUGAGUAAGAUUCUUCAAAGUUUUAAUGUAAUCAGUAAAAUAUUGGAAUAUUGCUUUAUCUCUGAUGUGGUUAAUUUUAUGUCUUCUCCAAUCGAAGCAAGAUUCCAUUCCCAUGUGGUACAUAAUUACUAUAUCUAUGAUGCCAGAUGAUAUAUUCAUGACCAACAUAAAGUUUAUGUAAAUAAUUCUUUUUAAACAAUGUUUAUUUUGGAAGUUGUUGUUUGGCAUGGGAGAUAACUCUUGGACUCUUAAAUCUGGUGGUAAUUUAAUCUUUCUGUAAAAGCAUGUUGUGUAGUAAUUGGAAAUAUCAUUGCUUGAUUCUUAAAUUUACAAAUGUUAUUGAUGUUUGAAAGUAACAACAGGACAUUUGAUAUUACAUGUGUGUACCAAUAAAUAUUAGAGUAAUGAGAUUAAUAUUUUAGAUUGAACCAAUUCAAAGGUCAUUAGUUCUUAAAAUAAAUAUGAAACUUAUUUGCUAAAGGGUAGAAUAACAUUAUAUUUAUCUUUAUAACAUGAAAUUUACAUUGGGGCAUUGUGACCUAAUAAUGAUUAUGACAUCUUAAACAAAAUAUUAACUCAGUGUUUCUAAAAAAAGAAACAUGGGCUUAUAUAUCUCGUAAUAUUAACCUCCACAUGGCCAUGUUUUUAGCCAAUGAGAAUUGAGGAGAAUCAGACCAUAUCUGAUAAUUAGACAAAAUUAAUUAGUAAUUAAAAUGAACAAACUCUGGUUCAAAUUGUCAUUAAGAAAUCUGUAGUAUGCAACAGUCCUGUUUUUUUUUUUUUUUUUUUUUUUUGUGGUGGUGUUAUCAUGUUAAUGUAGUUAUCUGUAUGGUGAAUGUUUUGAUGUUUUUUUGUAUUAAAAAUUCUACAGGUUGUUGGGAAUAUACAGUAUCCGUAUGCUGUAAACUUUGCUCUGUUAAUACUGUAAUGGACCGUCCAGCUUCUUGUCAUUUUUAUUAACUGCUGUUGCUCAAGUUUCUUGAUUAUAUGUUAUUUUAAUUAUUACUUCUUUCUGAAUUGUGUCAAUGUUCCCAGCUGGCUUAAACUGUUCAUUCUACCAGGUCAGGGGCAGAGAAAGUUUGAAUUCAAUCAAACUUUGUUAUUUUUUUCAAUAUAUAUGCUGGAAGAUCACUUUAAAGCAUUAUUAUGUAUUGAGGACUAACCAUCGAUUUUCCAGUUAACCUAGCUCUGUACCAACAGUACAUCUCGUUCUGUUAAAAGCUCUAGGCUUCUGUUAAGAUCACUGUCACCGAGUUUACUUCUGCAUAAGAUUUUCUUGCAAUAGAAGCAAAUCCAC